GCCCUUGCAGUUUCCAGUUCCAACUCUCAACACAUAAAACAAUGAGCUGUGUCUGUAGAACUAUGUUUUUCUUGCUUGUUUUGGCAAUAAUAGCCAUAAGUUCUUCAACUCCAAGUCCUUCUGAACCCGGUGAAGGGCAUACAGACGGCUUCGAGAUGUACAAGACAUGGCAUAUUCAUGCUGUCAAUGGGAUGAGCCACGAGAAGAUAUUGUUUCUGCAUUGCAAGUCUGGUGACAAUGAUUUGGGCAUCCAUAAUCUCACGGCAGGCACUGAAUUCAAUUGGAAAUUCAAGCCACAGAUACUCGGAAAAACGCUUUUCUGGUGUUACAUGGCCUGGGGCAAUGUCCAUGCUUCUUUCAAAGUGUUUUGGGACGAUAAUGAUCUUUUCUAUAGAUGCAAUUGGAAAAAUUGCAUUUGGACUGCUAAGGAUGAUGGGGUUUACUUGAAAAACAUUCCUGAAAACUACGAUGAAUUUCGUCACAAAUGGGAACCAGGAAGAUUGGACGCAAAUUCGACUAUGUGA